AAAAAGCUUGCUGAAGAGUUGCUUGAAUGAGGCCGGUUUGGCUGUUGUAACAAAGGCUAUGAGCAAGCGAGUCCAGUCAGACGGUGACGAGAGAGCAACGUACAUCGUCGAUUUGUUCGUCGUGAUUAAUCAGAUAAAGAAAAUAUCGCUGCUUCUGGAAGCUUGCGAACGAGACACCAUAAAGUGGAAUGGCCUUCUAUCUCACUUGUCAAGCAACGGAUUUUCAGCCAUGCACCUUGCUGUAUACAAGGCUCUUGUCGCGGGUGGCGCCUCACUGGUUGCGAAUGAUUUCGUACUUUUCACUGCUCUCCACUGUGCUACAUACUUCGCUAAUGAACAGGUAGUCCGCUGCCUUCUAAGUUGUGGUGCUGACGGAAAUGUGCAUGGUGGAGUGAAGGACCGUCCACUGCAUUUAGCAGCCAGUCGUGGUCUCUCGGCCAUCGUAUCCGUUCUGUUGGAAGCCGGAGCUGAUCUGCAGCUACCUGACGAUGAAGGAAAUUUACCACUUCACUUUGCUGCAAAGACUGGUCAUAUGGGUGUUUUGAAUAUACUACUGAAACACAGUAGCGACGUUCAAGAGAUGGUAGCUACCCAAAAUGUGUAUGGCGACACUCCGCUUCACCUAGCAUGUUAUGGAGGAAGACUGGAUGCUGCCAAAGCUCUCAUUUCCGCAUCUGGUUCCCAUCUAAUGGAGAAUGUGUUUUCUGAGACUCCACUGCAUGCUGCGUGUACUGGUGGAAAAUCCAUUGAACUAAUUGCUUAUUUAAUGAAGCAGCCCGGAGUGGAUCCUAACUAUCAAGGGCGAGACGGACAUACAGCCCUGCACUCUGCUUGCUAUCAUGGCCAUUUGCAUAUAGUACAGUACUUGAUGGAAAACGGUGCUGAUCAGUCGCUAGCCGCACGUACGAAUGAACGGCCCUCAACUUUGCAGUGUGGCCCCCAGUCGACAUUUGCUGCAGCUAUAAUGGCGCUAAAUCGACCAGAGACGCUGUCGGACAGAUCAUCGCGUGAUUCGGUGGUCUCUGUUGAAGAGCAGCAAACACCGGUGAUCUGGGCUUAUGAGAAAGGUCAUGACCGUAUCGUGGCUCUUCUGAAGCAUUACGCCAAUAGGAGACUAGACGCUGAAGUUUGUAGUGAGUACAGUUCUGGAGAUUCUUCCUACACUCCACUGCCGUCUCCAAUGGGUCGACUAAGGUCAAUGACGCGUGAGAAGGCUGAGGUGCUGCAACUCAGAUCAACUUUGCCUCCAACGUUUCAUCUCUCUUUGGCUGAUAUUGACUUUCAGGAGGCAAUAGGAAGUGGCUCCUUCGGUAAAGUGUACAAAGGAAGCUAUCGAGGGAAAGUUGUUGCAAUUAAAAGAUAUAGAGCAGCGGUUUAUGGUUGUAAGUCUGAAGUGGAAAUGCUGUGUCGUGAAGUAUCAAUCUUGUCGAAACUCGCUCAUCCAAAUGUGGUUUCGUUUGUCGGGGCAGUCCUAGACGAUCCUAGCGUACGUUUUACAAGAACAUCGCGUUUCUAG